AUGGCUGGAUUGAAUCAAACCCAUACUGAUCAAACUCAUCGCAUUUUCAUCACAUCACCUAAACCAUCCAGUGAUCGUACCGGUCUCUAUAUUCUUUCGCUCCUGCUUAGUCUUACUCUUAUCUUAGUAUUCUAUCUAGUUUAUAAUUUUAUAUCCUAUCGACGGUACACUCGUUGUCAAAAGAGAAAACUAGAUUUAGAAAAACAAUUCAAUGAUCAUCUAUUAAUUGUUCUCAAUGAAUCUACAAGUCCAUUAUCAAUCAAACAUGCACGUUCAAAUGAAGAAUUAACACUUCCAUCACGCCAAAUGUCAACAACUUCGUUUAUAGAAUAUCAGGAUUCAACCGAAAUGAAACGAUCGAUAUCCAAUCAAUACAAUAUAUCAAAUCGAUUAGUUUCCGAUCUUUGA